CCAACGAUCUUCAAAUUUUCCUCCUGUUUCGUUUAUGUUCAAACAGGUGAUUUCGUUGUUGCUCCUUCUUGUACAUUUAUCCUAACAAUUUGUUUUGAUUCUCCCAUCGUUUUCUAUGGAUACACUAGCAGUUUUGUAUCCUAGUAACGGACAAGAAGUUGACAUUCGCAUAAAUAAUGACAAUUUUAUGAUCGGGCGAGCAAAACAUGCAUCAUAUGAUAUCAAGGAUGUCUCCAUCUCCCGAACCCAGUGUAUUAUUCAACUCACAAAAUUGUGGACUUUGUGUGACAAGAGUAAUGCCGGAACUUGGUUAAAUGGAAAACGCCUGAAAAAUGACGAACCUGUUGCUUUGAAUGAUGGCGAUCAUAUCAGACUGGGAGAAUCGCACAAGUACAAUUAUAUAUUUUGCACCCGUGGCCAAAACUGUUCCAACUCAUGCAAGAGCAGAACCAAGAAGUCAAAUUUGGAUGCCGAACUAGCUCAACGACGGCGUCAGUUUGAGUUCAAUGCUUCUCUCCGGAAAGUUGAUUUGGAAAAAUCAAUAACACAAAAUCAAGCUGAUAGACAAGAACUUCAAAUACAACAAAAGAUACUUCGUGACAAUUUUAAUAACCAGCUACAAAAAUUAGAAGAGAGAAACCGCCAGUUAUGUUCUGAUCUGGAAAAGAAGGGAGGCUCCUCAGGGAACAACUUAAUUGAGGAAAAAGAACAGCUUGAGGUGCAGUUAAGGCUAGAGAAACAAAGGCUUGAGGAAAGCCACUUAAAAAAGACGUCAGAGUUAGCAAGUAAACUUACAUCUUAUGAAGUUGCUGAGCGAGAAUUAACAAAGCAGAAUAAAGCCCUUCUUGAAAAGCUUGAGGAGGAAAGGCAGGAAUUCGAAAGAAGGCUGGAGGCGGAAAAAAAACUACUGGAGAUAAAAUUAGCUGACCAACUUGCUGAGCAACAAAAACUUGCCGCAGAAAAGAGUGAGGUGGAAGAAGCCUUGCGUCGUCGAAUUCAGGAUUUGGAGAAGAUGGCCCAUCAGGAGGAGGAAAAACAAGAGCAGAGGAAAGCUGAAAAGGAAAAAGAUGCCGAACACCUUUCAAAGGAGAAAAUUGAAUUUGAAGAAAGGUUGAAGGAACUGCAAAAUGCAUUGCAGGAGAAAGAGAGACAAGAAAAAGAGAAGGAAAAAGCUUUCUUAGAAAGGGAGCGCGAAUUAAAAGCUCAGGAGGAACAAAUUGAGCAAGAGAGAAAGGAGAGAGAGGAGAAACUUAAAACCGAGUAUCUUGCCAAACAAAAGGAGUUAGAGUUACUUGAAAGUGAAAGAAAAAAAGAAUUAGAUAGACAUAAACAAGAAGUUACCAAAGAAUUGCAAGAUAGAGAAGCUGAGCUGAAACGUAUAGCAGAAGAACAUCAAAGAGAGCUAGAAGCACUAAGAGCCAGGGAACAAGAACAACUUAAGAAGGAUCUUGAAGAAAGAGAGCAAGCUAUGCGGACACAAUUGGAGUUGGAAAUAACAAAACUUCAUGAAGAGAAGGCUGCAAUUGAAAUGCACAUAAGAGGAGAACAGAGUAAAAAGGAGGGUGAAAAUGCAAAGACUCUUGAAAAGCUUCAAGCAGAAUUAAAUGUAAUAAAGUCUGACCUAGACACCACUAGUAAUAAAAAAAUAUUGCUUGAAAAAGAAUUGGAAGAGGCAAGUCGUGCCAAAGAAGCAGCUUCUAAAAGUGAACUGGAAGCCAGAAGAAUGGUUGUCGAAAAUUUUGGCGAACUUAUGGAAUCUGAACUGCAAUGCAGCAUCUGUAAUGAGUUAUUUGUCAUGGCAACUACUCUCAACUGUAACCAUACAUUUUGUCAACUAUGUAUAUCAAACUGGUUGGAAAAGAAAAAGGACUGCCCAAUCUGUCGAGCACCAUCAGUUACAAAUUCUAGAUCAAUUGUUCUUGACAGUUUUAUUGAUAGAAUGGUUGAAAAUUUAUCAGAUGAUUUGAAGAAGAGAAGAAAGGAAAUUGUUGAAGAGAGACGAGUUUUAGCGCAUGUGGCAAACAUAGAAGCAAACCCUUAUAAGAAAAGAAAAACUGCCCCCAACCAGCCUGCUACUUCCCUGCCACUGCAAAACGUCAAUCAUAAUGUUGUGACCACUGUGCAAAACAAUGUGCGGCUUCUGGUACCAGUGCCAUCUAUACCCAACGGAGCCAAUGUCUAUCACAUCCGUGCUCCUGUCCCCGCCAUUGUCCCUGCCCCAGGCACAAACAGGGGUGCUCCUAUGUUGGCAGGGGGACCAUCGACCUCACACGUCAUGACUCCAGCUCAGGUUCAGGCCUUACAGCAGCACAGGCAGCUGCUAUUGCUGCAACAGCGCCCACCCUUGGCCCACCCAUCGUCAUCAGCUCCGAAUCAGAUGAUUCAGACUCAAGUUCGUCACGCCACCCACCAGCAAGGAGUUCGCACCAGAGGAGGCGGCGUCACUAGACCUUCCAGUAAUGUCUCUGGGACUCAGAGGGGAGUUCCUGCCGCCGCCAUUAGACCUGCUAAUGUCCAUGGGACUCUCCGGGGAAUGCCACCAAACGUACAGAGAACUGUUCCCCCUGUAUUGUUAAGCAGGGUUCAUGGUGUACCAGGCCAAAGCUACACUGUAGCCUCAUCAGCACCUGCACCUCGUCUACCCAAUCCUCGCCGUUAAUCUAGAUGGAAGUCAAUUUAUUUAUUUAUGUGAUUACCACUAUGCAACUAGUUAUUUUCGUGAAGUCGAACAUUGUCAAACCCUUAAUUGCUUCUUUGUUUCGUUUUCUUUUCUUUUUCUAUUUUGUUGUUGGUGUUGCCACUAGCUUGAUCAUCUGGUGCUGUAAUUACACAUGGUGGUGUUUUGUCUCUCUGAUUUGAAUUGUGUUAGGUGCUGGUUAUUGACUGGUGCCCAAAAGUUAUUUUAAAUAUUUUGAUAAUAAUAAAAUUGCCAAUUCAACCGAGGAACUGAUGAACUUAAAA